CUGCGAGGAACCGUGCAGCCUGCGGGAAGCUUCAACGAUGAUGGGGACGCGCAGGUGCUGAGGAAGGCGAUGAAGGGCCUGGGCACGGACGAAGGGGCCAUCAUCGACGUGGUGACACAGAGGAGCAAUGCUCAGAGGCAGCAGAUCCUAAAGGCUUACAAGGCUCACUAUGGCAGGGACCUGAUGGCAGACCUGAAAUCCGAGCUGUCGGGCAGCUUGGCCAAGCUGAUCCUUGGGCUCAUGCUGACGCCAGCGCAGUACGAUGCCAAGCAGCUGAGGAAGGCUGUGGAGGGGGCCGGCACAGACGAGAGUGUCCUCAUUGAAAUCAUGGCCACACGGAACAACCAGGAGAUCGCGGCUAUCAACGAGGCGUAUCAGGAAGCAUACCACAAGCGACUGGAAGACGACCUGAGCUCUGACACAUCGGGGCAUUUCAAGAGGAUUCUCGUCUCCCUGGCUCUGGGCAACCGCGAUGAAGGACCAGAGAACCUCACGCAGGCACAUGAAGAUGCCAAG